AUGAAGUGGUUAAUAGUGGUAGUGAACGUUAUGGUGUGGGGAACAAUCUUAGCUGGAUUUGCGCCGCCAGGAUCGUGCCCUGCAGUGUGUGCGUGCAAAUGGAAAGGUGGCAAGCAAACUGUGGAGUGUGUAGAUCGAGCUCUCAUUACAGUGCCUGAGCCCGUUGAUCCUGCAACCCAAGUGCUGGACCUUUCAGGGAAUAACUUACAAAUUCUCCCUCAAGAAGCAUUUGCUAGAACAGGACUUGUUAAUUUGCAACGAGUAUAUUUACGUAGCUGCAAUAUUGGUCAAAUACAUGACCGCGCUUUUAAAGGUCUUACGAAUUUAGUUGAAUUAGAUCUUUCCCAUAAUUUAUUGACGCAGAUACCUUCAAAUAGCUUCAAGGACGUACCUUUUCUCAGAGAUUUAACAUUAAGUCACAAUCCCAUAAUAAAAAUACAUUCCGAUGCUUUAAACAAUCUUGGAAGUAUCGUUAAGCUUGAUUUAUCUAAAUGUGAUAUAAGAGACAUUGCAUCCGAUGCAUUUAGGAAUUUAAGAUCUUUAGAGUCUCUUAAAUUAAACCACAAUAAUCUUCGGGAUUUACCAUUAAAUUCUUUAGAAAAAAUUCAAAAACUACGAGUAAUAGAUUUAUCGGAUAAUCCAUGGACUUGCGAUUGUCGAUUGCGAGAUUUAAAGCAAUGGUUAGCGAAACAUAAGUUACUUUCCACGCCGACAUGUUCGUCACCAACUAGGUUGAAUAGUAAGCCAUUUUCAGAAUUAAGCAUUGAAGAAUUUGCCUGCAAACCUGAAAUUUUGCCUUUUAACAGAUACAUAGAGGCUGGUGUAGGAGAAAAUGCAACAUUAAUUUGUAGAACGGAAGGUAUACCAAGUGCAACUAUUAAUUGGUAUUGGAAUGGGCGAUUAUUACAGAAUAGUAGUAAUUUUAAUAACCAUCAAAAAAUUAUUAUUUACGAAGAAGGAGAUUCAAAAAAGAAAUCUUCUCUGAUUCUAACAAAUAUGCAAGAGUCUGAUUCAAUCGAGUUUUAUUGUGUAGCAGAAAACAAAGGUGGUAACGCGGAAGCUAACUUCACGGUCCAUGUUUCACAGAUAACAGCAGGAAUGGCGUCAUUAGGUAGCGCACAAAUAGCAAGUCUGGGAGCGGCAUUAUUCUUGCUUAUUAUUGUAAUUUCACUUGGAUUACUUAUAACAUUUGUACGAUUUCGUCCUUCCCCUGUUUGCGAGAGUAAAACUCCAAAUACAUUGGAUAGGGUUGUAUCAGGAAAUGAAGUACAUCCAACAGCAAAUGAUAGACCACAUGUAGCCGUUUUAGCAAACAGGCAAGAGUCACCUAAUUAUGGCGACGUUAAAUGUAAUCCGGUGGUUAAACCACCCCGAGUUAGCGAUAUUCCGUAUACUACGAAUCAUUAUGAAGGAAGGGGUAGCAUUGUGACGGCUGGUGGUCCCGUAAUGGUUUCACCAACUAUUUCCGCUGGUAUUGACCCAGAUUUAAUCAACGACACAAGAUCUGACAGUGCUACUAGACCAGGAAGUGGUGAAUAUGCUCGAGAAACCUCAGACUCAUUAUACCCAUCAGGCUUAUGGGAGCAAAUGAAAAUGAACCAAGCUCACAGUCUAGCCAGAGCGGUUAGUUCUGCAAUUCCCAGUUAUUACACAGAUAGGACACCAAUAAUCGAAAACUCUAGCGUAAAUGGUUCCCAAGAAGAACUUGGAUAUACGAGUCGGACUUUUCCUCGUUCACAUGCUAUGGCAGUAGCCACAACUGCCCCGAUGGAUGCAUCUUAUCCUCCAGAUUAUGGCUUGCCGACAGCAACUGGCGCGCGCACCCUUCGCGUGUGGCAGCGCGCGCCUCCUGUUCUACCUCCUGUGUCGGCUUUGAAACGCGUAUUAACCAUUACGAGACCUUCAACGGAAGACGGAUUUCAUGAUGGCUGUGCCACUGAUGUUUAA